ACCCAUUGGCUGAACAUCCAGGAAAGCAGCUUUUGUUACGAUCCAAACUCUUCAAAUCAGCAAGAAAUAAACCACGAUGUCUUGUUUAGGGAAGGUUUAACCUCGCGAGGUCAGCAAACCUAUACUCCACGACUGAUGAUUUUUGAUUUAAAAGGAAGCCUUAGAAGUUUACCACAAUAUGGCACUUUGUAUCAAACGUCAUCCUACCAUAACGAAUCUCCGUGGUGGGGAGAGGUGUCUGUACACGAGUCAGAACCCGAGCCUAAAAAUGAGUUUCAGCUGGACCUAGAAGCCGAGGAACUUGAGGCUAUGGCCGUUGAUAAUCGAACUCGUGAUCAGGCUUAUGCUGUUGACAAUGAAACGAUUAAUCGCCCGUCAAUCAGUUUUGUCAGUGAAGAUGAUGACAAGCCUUUAAGAGAGAAAUUUUAUGACCUUGAUCAAGACAUUUCCGUGUGGUCAGAUUUUUUAGGAACUUCGUUGCAUCCUAAGUCAAUUCAGUUGGUAAGAGAUUUUUUGCAUGGAGGACAAGCUAAUCCUUUUGAUGUGUUUGGAUAUGGAGAAGGUGUUGCAAAAGAUGAGUACUUUUAUGAUGAGUUUGAAUCCAAUCUUCACUUCUUUGUGGAGGAGUGUGACAGUCUUCAGGGAUUUCAGGUCUCGUAAUAUUUAUAUAUAUUUUUUAGUGAAAAAAUAGUCCUCAGAGCAGGCAGCAGAACUUGGGUAACAUGCAGCCAUCUUUUCCUUGAAAGCUUGGUCAAUGGCUGCUGCCGCAAGAAGGACUUUACUGAGUUAUUUGCCAUCAACUAAUAUUGAAAUGAACCGGUUUAAAAGAACGUGAGUGCAGCUGGGUAUUCUGAAGUCUUAACCCAGUUUUAACUGGGUUAUACUAAUGUACAAAUCAAUUGAGAACAAAUUAGAUCACCUUGUGGGGUAGUUUAACCCUGGUCAACAUUAUCAGUUAAUCAAUCACCUUUGCCCACACUGAGAAUUUUCCAAAUUUAGGCUUUACCAUGCACCCAAGCACUUAAAUCUUUCGCCUCGCAUCCAAGUUCCUGCUAGAGUUGCCCCAAGUCAACCUCUUUUUAUCAGUAGUACUUGGCAAAAUUUGGCCAUUAACUCUAACCUGAGUGCAUGAAGCGAGCAUUAGAAGAAAAGCAAGUGACAAAGCAAAGCCUCGUGAAUCAGAAGGAAUUUCUGAAAGUCUGAAUUAAUUUCCGCUCCUCGUAGAAAUUAACCUGGUUUAACUUUUUUAACCAGGUUAUUCAAUAACUAACCCUGUUAACUCGCUAAGUGUGGCCACAGACCAUAAGGGUUUAAGUUUAUGGCAAAGAAUUUUUUGUCAUGUUGGAACUAGGCAGGCAAGAUAAGUCCAUCAUACCUGCUUAUUAUAGGUAAUGUAUAAGAACAGAGACUGGACUUCAUCUUGCUGGCUUGCAGACUUGCUAGCUUGUAGAACCAUUUAUGCACUUUUCAAAAUAUAAAGUUAGCUCUGCAAGGUUAUUUAUAAUUUAUUCCUUUUCACUGGUUAGUUGUCCAUUUAGACAGGAUGAAAUAUUAUUUAUUACUUCUCCCAAUAAUAGGAUCACCUCCUCUGUUUUCGUAAGAAAGUAUUCAUUUUCUGUAAGCUUCCUCAUUAAAGAAUGACACCCCUUCUGAUGCUAGUACUAAUCUAACCUCUCUGCACUGGCUGCCUUAAUUAAGGAGAGGUGAGUGGGUGUUAUAAAAGAUCAGGUGGUUAUAAAAAACAUAGUUGCAUGGCCCAUGAAAUGGGACAUUGGUUUUAAAAGAAAGAGUGCAAUCAUGUAUCUCUUUAGUUUUUGAAAUGCUGUAGAUAAUCAUAACUGAUUAAUCAAAAAUGCAAACAAAAUGCUCAGAAACAAACAGAGCAAAGGGAGCAAAAUACAGUUAGUAAAUCAGUUUGUACAUAUUUGUUCUUAAAUGGUUGUUUUUGCAGCUAGCAGUCACUUAAGUGGCUUUCAAUUUGUGGAAAGCUGGCUACUCUAGAAUGGUUUCAAGAUUAAAACAAGAGAGGCAGUUAAUCAUCUUAUUUUGCUUUUAUCUUGUUAGAUCUUUGCUGAUGUGUGUAAUGGGUUUGGAGGCUUGUGCAAUUAUCUGCUUGAAGAGCUCAAGGAUGAAUAUGGAAGGAAGUCAUUUGUUACAUUUGGUAUGAAUGAAACUCAAUUGCCAGAUGGAACAACUAAGGAAACUGCCUACAGAAUUCUAAACUCAGCCUUAUCCUAUGGACAGUUAUCACAACACAGUGACAUAUUUAUACCCUUGUCUCUUGCUAGUGAAGCAGUUCCACACACAGGACCCCCGAGGGAGUUUCCUCUGCUAAAUUACAAGGUAUACUGUUAUAUUUUUAUUUAAUUGCAGAAAAAAAAAAGAAUUAUUUACUUCACUUUAUACUAGCAAUUAGUUAUGAUAAUGACUCAAAAAAUUCAUAUUUUGAUGCACUAUCAAAGAGUUUGGAAUAAUCUUGUCAAGGCUCUGUUGUGGCCGACUUAGUGGUAGUUGUGUACUCCAUUUUGCAAUAUGACAAUCAGCAUCAUACCAUCUGAUUGUUUUUUAGUUUACAGUUUGCAAUUGUUUUUUUUAUUUACAGUGUAAGGAGUAAGUGCUCUUCUGUGUCUUGAACUGUUACAGUGAAACCUGGCUAAUAUGAACACCAAACGGACAUACAAUUACCAAAGAUUCUGUUCUAUUUCUGCUUCACUUUAUUAGUUAUAGUAGUCGUACUGUAAAACUUGAAAACAUUGCGGCCUCUUUUUCAGUACCUAAAUAUAGACUCAAGUAACAAAACUGGCAAUUAUUUGUGGAACUCAGUUGAUGCAAAGACACGUUUUAGCCAGACAUAACCCCUUUAAGCAGCAAUUCUGCUUUCCUUUGCAGCCAUAUCUAUCGUACCACACAAGUUCUGUGUUAGGAGUAUGUGUGGACACGAUUACCAUGCCAUAUCGGCUCAUCACACAGCAAGCCUCAAACAUGAGCAGCUUUAUCGACAGCGUGGCACAUGGAGAAAGAAAGAUUGCUGGUCUUUCAUCGUCUUUUCCUCUACCUGUGGAUGAGAACAAUUCUUUAGCUUCUUUUUUAGGAUCAAGACUACAAAGUUAUGGACGGGAGCUCUUACAAUGCAUAUCACCAGGAGUGUCAAACAGUUCUUCUCUUAUUUCCCAGUCUGCGGUGGUCAGAGGAAUUCCGGUUACUCACGCUUAUAACCCUGAAAAAAAUAUAAGUACCCAGGCUUCUCUACAAAGUAAGAACCCACUUGAAGCAUGUGCAUCGGCCAAUGAAAUCGUCCGAACAUUCCUGGAAAAUGUUCAUCCUAAUACCUCCCCUCUGUGUUGGAAUGUUAACCAGGCUUGCAUGGUUAAACCACCAUUCCCAAAUAUUUUUGCCCCUAAAGUAAACAGCUAUGGAUUUUCGGUGGAAGGAUAUGUAAGACCCGAAAACACCCGAGUUAAUCAGACAAAUGUGCUCAGCCGCUUGGAGACAAACUCCAGUAUUGGGAGCAUGUUGUUAUCAUUAGUGCAAUGGGCAAAGAAAGCAAACAUUAGCAAACAUCAUGUCUUUUUAGAAUGUGGAAUUGAAGUGGAAAGUUUUAACGGACUUCUAGAAGAACUGAGUAGUCUGUCUCAGCGAUAUGAGAACUCGUGA